AUGUCUUCCGUCACCGCCGACUACAAGCUCUUCACGCCGCUGGAGCUGUCCAAGGACCUCGUGCUCAAGAACCGCAUCGUCUACGGCCCCACGACCCGGGCGCGCUCGGACCCGGACACGCACGUGCCGCUGGAGCGCAACAUGGUGUACUACGAGCAGCGCGCCGGUGCCGGCCUUCUCAUCACGGAGGGCUGCGGCAUCUCGGAGCAGGGCUUCGGGUGGUACGGGGCCCCCGCACUCUACACGGACGAGCAGGAGGCUGCCUGGAAGGAGCUCGUGGACCGCGUGCACGCCAAGGGCACCAAAAUCUUCCUGCAGCUGUGGCACAUGGGCCGCCAGUCGCACCCCUCCUUCCACCCGACCAACGAAGUCGUGUCCGCGUCGGCCACGCAGUACGUCGGCGGCAGUACGCGCAACGCCAGCGGAGAACGCACCGGCUUCGAGAAGGCGCGCGCGCUCACGACCGAGGAGAUCCCGGAGGUCGUCGAGAUGUACCGCCAGUGCGCCAUCCGCGCCAAGCGCGCGGGCUUCGACGGCGUCGAGGUGCACGGCGCCAACGGCUACCUCGUCGACCAGUUCCUGCAGUCGUCCACGAACCAGCGCACGGACAAGUACGGCGGCUCGUUCGAGAACCGCUACCGCUUCCUUGACGAGGUCGUCGAGGCCCUCAAGACGGUGUACCCCGCCGGACGCAUUGGCGUGCGCGUGUCGCCCAACGGCGUCUUCGGCGGCAUGGGCAGCAAGGACAACAACGAGAUGUUCUCGUACGUGUUCGAGCGCUUGUCGGAGCACGGACUGGCCUACCUCGCCAUGCUCGACGGCUUCGGCUUCGGCUACUCGAGCGAGAGCCGCACGCUGACGGUGUUCGACGCCAAGAAGGCGUUCAAGGGCACCGUCAUGGCCAACAACAGCUACACGCGCGACACGGCCGAGGGCGUCAUCCGCAGCGGCACCGCCGACUUCGUGGGCUUCGCAAGGCUCUUCAUUUCGAACCCGGACUUGGCCGAGCGCUUCCAGAACGACUGGCCCGUGAACCCCGUGCCGGAGUACAAGUACUUCUGGGACGCCGCCAUGGGCGACAAGGGCUACAACACGUUCGAGCACUACAAGCCGACGGAGAACGGCAAGGUGGAGCAGCAGCCGUAGAGAUCGUAGACUAGAGUGGUGCCGUUGGCAAGAAAUCGAUACAGUAUUCAAACGUACUAACU